AUGUUUUCACGACCGAGAGCGAAUGUCUCGGUUGUUGAAUAUGCGCAACGCCUUCGUGAUGAACGUGAACAGAAACGAUCAGGCCUCGAUGACCGACAUCGAUAUUUUUUUGAUAUUAUCGCAACUCGAAUUGGAAAACUGCGCUCCGAAGUUGAAGAUAAUAUUCUUGAAAGUCCCAACUUUAAUUUUAUGAAUCAAUUUUUCAUUGCUGAUGGCAAUCAAUAUCUGGUUUUUUUCUAUCAAGAACCUGAAAUAGAAAACACUCAAAGUGAACUUGACAUAUACCGACCUCGUCAUUCAUCAUAUUCUAGUCGGUCAGGUGAAAGUAGUACAAAAAAGAUAACAACUAAAGUGAUUAUAGCUAAUCCAAAUGAGCAAUCACUUCACGGAAUAUGUCUAUCUUUCAUACGGAAUUCAAAAGCACUGAUGAUCACAGAACAAAAUAUCGCUGCUGAAGUAUGUUUUUAUGCAUUCGAAUGCAAUGCUGGAUCGUUAUUGGAAGCAUUAAGUCGAUCAAUAUCGGAUGUUUAUGUACCGUAUCUUCAAACAACUGCAAUGAAUUGGAGUCCGAAUAAGGAUCCAAUGGUUAAAAUUAAAUUUCUUGGCCAAUUGAAUAAUUUUAUUGAUACACUAAAUAGUGCAGAUGAAAGUGUCAAAGAAAAAAUUCUAUUAGCACCGUGUCGAGAUAUUGAUUUGAAACAGAUAAAAACUGCGGCUGAUUAUGUUUCGGUAGCAUCAAGUAGUGAAUAUUUAUCAUAUAUUGAAGAAACCAUGAAAAAAUGGAUAUCUCAAUUGGAAGCAGUUUUAGCAGAAAGCGAACAAAUUCGUCGUGAAGCCGAUGAUAUUGGUCCACGAGCUGAAUUGAACUAUUGGAAACGACGCAUGACAAAAUUUAAUUUUCUACUUGAUCAAAUAAAAGCACAUGAAGUAAAAGCUGUAUUAACGAUUUUACAAACUGCAAAAUCGAAACUUAUUCAAACAUGGAGAACACUCGAUGGAAAAAUUACGGAUGCAGCUAAUGAAGCUAAGGAUAAUGUUCGAUAUUUAUAUACAUUGGAAAAAUUUUAUGAACCAUUAUAUAACUCUGAUCCAGUUGCAAUGCUUGAAUAUAUACCCGGAUUGAUUAAUGCUGUACGAAUGAUACAUUCGAUUUCACAAUAUUAUAAUACAUCUGAACGAAUGACAUCGUUAUUUAUAAAAAUAACAAAUCAAAUGAUUACCUCGUCGAAAAUCUACAUCACGAGUAAUUAUAGCCAAACAGUUUGGUCACAAAGCCAAGAACAAGUUAUAUCCAAAAUGCGUGAUUGUAUUAAAUUAAAUAAAGAAUAUCAAUUUUCUUUUCAAUUAACAAAAACUAAAUUAGCGUCGAGUUCUACUGAACGUCCAUUUGAUUUUAGUGAAAUGUAUAUAUUUGGCAAAUUCGAUUCAUUUGUGCGACGAUGCGAAAAAAUUAUUGAUAUCUAUUCAAUAAUUAAUAUGUACUCGUGUUUAGCUGAAUCUAAAAUCGAAGGUAUAUCAUCAUUUCAUUUGAAAUUUAAUGGUAUGGUUAUAACGCUGAAGAAACAAGAUUACGAUUUUUUGGAUCAACGUAAACAAGAAGUUGAUCAUGAUUUAGAUGAUUUCCGUCAGUCUGUAGGAGAUCUUCAUCAAAAUCUAAAUGUAUUUCUUGAUAAAUAUUUUGAUGCUAUAAAAAAUACUGAACGUGCAUUAACGACAUUAAAACGUUUUGAAAAAUUAAAAAUACCAAAUAUUGGUUUAAACGAAAAAUAUGUAAAGAUUCUACAGCAAUAUUCAAAAGAUGUUGAUUUAGUAGCAAAAAUUUAUCAAAAAUAUUCUGCCGAACCACCUAUUCAAAGAGAUUUACCACCAGUUGCUGGUCGAAUUAUUUGGGCUCGACAACUAUAUAAACGUCUUCAACAACCCAUGGAUAUAUUUGUUGCUAAUAAAACAAUUCUUCAAUAUCCUGAUGCAAAAAAAAUCAUUAAAAAUUAUAAUCAAUUAUCGAAAGUGCUUCUUUCCUAUGAAAUUCUCUAUCAUCGCGGAUGGCUUCGUCAAGUUGAUGUUGUAUCAACUGGUAUUCAUUCGAGUAUAUUGAUUCGUGUUAAGCGUGAUGAAGCCGGACCAGCUGCAUCCAUUAAUGGACAAUCACCAUCAUCAUCAUCAAUCGUAAUGUCAACAUCGGACACGAAUCCUGAAUAUUUUGUUAAUUUUGAUCCAAAUAUUCUUGAAUUAAUACGUGAAACUCAAUGUUUAGCACGUUUAAAUUUAGAAAUACCUGAAGAAGCUGCUUCAUUAGUACAACGUGAAAAUUUUCUUAAAAAACAUUUUCAAGAUUUAACACAAUUAGUUGAAAAAAAUAAACAACUACGUGAAAAAAUAAAACAACCAUUUGAAGCACUUUUGACACCGAAAAUUCAUCGUUUAAAUGAUAUCAUUCAUCCUGGCUUAACUUCAAUAACAUGGGUCUCGUUAACAAUUGAUGAUUUUGUCAAUACAGUUAAUUCAGCAUUAGAUGAAUUUAAUUUAAGUUUAGAACGAAUAAAUAAUCUUCUAGCAUAUCGUGUUGACGCCGUACUCGAUGAAAUAGCUACGACAACUCUUUGCGAUCUACCAGAAGAUGAACCAAUAGCACCAGCAGAAUUCCUACAACAGACUCAAGAAUUAUGCGAUCUUGCAGCAAAACAUAUUCAAAUGAAAUCUCAUCAUGUCGAAGAUGCUGUUCUCGAAGUUGUUGAUCUUUUGUGUGGAGAUUUCAUAGAUGCAAAUGCUGAGAGCGAACUACAAAUACAAUAUUCAAAUACGGAUAUAGAUUUCGAUGACGAUGAAUACGAUGAAGAAAAAUCAGUCAAUAAUGAUUCAAGCUCACAAAAAUCGCAUCGACCAACAACUACAACAAAUCGAUUAAGACAAGAUUCAUCUGGAAUAUCAGCAUCAGCACGAAAAAAAUCUUCAACUCUUUUAACAACAUCAAUACGUCACAAACGACAACAGAAGAAAGAAUUCUUACGCAAUGCUAUCACAGAAUUACUUCAUUAUUUUAAUCAUAAAAAUCUCGAUGCUAUUAUUAAAGUUAUUCGAAUAACUUUAGAAAGAAUACGAAAACGAAUUCCAACAACUCUUAAUUAUGAUCAAAAUCAACGAGAUGUACCAAUCUUUAAAAUUUUUGCUGAAUUAUUAAUACCAACUGUAACUGUGCAACCACCAAUUGACGAAGUACAAAUUUAUCUAAAUAAAGCUGUGAAAGCCAUUAUUUCUAUUUCAAAAUAUAUUUCACAAUGGAGCAAAGAUCGAUCAAGAGGAAAACGUAAGGGUCAAUUGGAACCAAAAAGUAAUCUGAAUUCUCAAGAACAGGAACGUCUUCGUGCAAUAAAUUCUAUGACAGAACGUAACGAUGAAGACAAUGCAGUUUACGGUGGUUAUAAUUCUGAAUCAUUUCGAAUCGAUUUAAAUCCUCAAGGAAUAAUGACUUCAACAAAUGUCAACAGUGGAACACGAUUCAAUGCUCGCGUUGAUCAACAGCAAAUAUCUAAAGUGCAAUUUACUGUGGAUAACAACUUUUUCAAAAGUGUAUCUGAAAACAAAGAUAUUGCUAAAUUAGUAUCUCAAUUAGCAACUUGCAUUACUACAACUAAAAGUGAUAUUAUAUCAGGACUUAAAAUCUUUACACAAUAUAAUUUAUUAUGGCAAAUAGAUCGCGAUGAACAAGUGAAACUCUUUGAGUCUAAAAAGCCACACGUAUCAGAAUAUGAAAUUAAAAUAAAAUACUAUGAAAAUCUUGCGUCAAGUAUUAAUUCACAAUUGGAAUUCAUAUCUAUUGGGCCAUUUGCUAUAUUUACCAAACAUUUGAAAUUUGCUCUUAAUCAAGAAGUUCGUGAUUGGAUUGUUGUUUAUGGUCAAUCUUGUAAUGUCAAAUAUCAAAAAGAAUUGAACGAUGUUUUAAAAUUUAUUGAAAAUAUUGAAAAUCGUUUAUCACGAGGGAUAAAAGACUUAGAAGAUAUUCGUUUAAUAAUGAUGGCUGUAAAAGAUUUAAGAGAAAAUGAAAUACAUAUUGACAUGAGUAUAACACCUAUUGAAGAAUCGUAUGCUAUACUACAACUACAUAAUAUUAGUAUACCUCGAGAAGAUAUUGAACGAGCUGAUUCUCUUCGAUAUCGAUGGGAAAAAUUGCAAAUGCGUUGCACUGAAGUGACAUCAAAAUUACUUGAAAUUCAACCACAAUAUCGAUCUGAGCUAUUAAGCAAUGUGAAAAUAUUUAAACGAGAAUGUGCACAAUUUUAUAUUGAUUAUGAACAACGUGGACCAACAGCACCUGGCCUAACACCACGAGAAUCCAGUGAUAGACAAAUGUUAUUUCAAAGUCGCGUAGAAAAUCUAUAUAAAAGAUAUGAAACAUAUCAUGGCGGCGAGGAAUUAUUUGGUUUACCUAUAACUGAGUAUCCACAGUUAGAAAAACUUCGAAAAUAUUUAUUAUUAUUACAACAUCUUUACAGUUUAUAUAAUAAAGUACUGGAUACUGUUGCAAGUUAUUUUGAUAUAGCUUGGACUGAUGUUAAUAUUGAUAAAAUCAAACAAGAAUUAUCCGAUUUUCAAACAUCUUGUAGAAGAUUACCAAAAGGUCUAAGAGAAUUUCCAGCAUUUCACGCAUUGAAGAAAACUAUUGAUGAUUUCAAUGAAUGUUGUCCUUUAUUGGAGAUGAUGUCAAAUCCUGCUGUAAAACCUCGUCAUUGGCAACGCAUAGCUGAAGUAACUGAUACGAAGAAUUUAGAUGUUGAAAUGGAAGAUUUUCGUUUGAGAAAUGUUAUGGAUUUACCGUUAUUACAAUAUAAAGAAGACAUAGAAGAUAUUUGUAUUGCUGCUGUUAAAGAAUGCGAUAUUGAAGCUAAACUUAAACAAGUUGAAUCUGAUUGGAAAAAUCAAGAAUUUAAGUUUGCACAAUUUAAACUUCGAGGUGAACUAUUACUUAAAGGUGAUCGAAUUCAAGAAGUGAUUAGUCUAUUAGAAGAUUCUCUUAUGUUACUUGGCUCAUUGAUGUCAAAUAGAUAUAAUGUUCCAUUUCGGAAACAAAUUCAAAAAUGGGUUAAAAAUUUAACCGAUACCAAUGAAAUCAUUGAAAAUUGGAUGUACGUACAAAAUCUAUGGGUAUAUCUCGAGGCUGUUUUUGUCGGUGGUGAUAUUGCUAAACAAUUGCCACAGGAAGCAAAACGAUUUUCGUCGAUUGAUAAAUCUUGGCUUAAAAUAAUGUAUAAAGCACAUGAACAACCAACAGUCGUACAAUGUUGUACUGCCGAUGAUACAUUAAAACAACUCUUACCACAUCUUCUUGAACAACUUGAAUUGUGCCAAAAAUCAUUAACUGGCUAUUUAGAACGCAAGCGUCUUUUAUUUCCGCGUUUCUUUUUUGUUUCUGAUCCAGCACUACUAGAAAUCUUAGGUCAAGCGAGUGAUCCACAUACAAUUAAAGCACAUCUAUUAAGUGUUUUUGAUAAUAUUAAAACAGUGAAAUUUCAUGAGAGAGAUUAUGAUAAAAUUUUAAAUAUCGAAUCAUCUGAAGGUGAAAUUGUUGAUCUUGAAAAACCUGUGAAAGCAGAAGGUAAUGUCGAAGUAUGGUUGAUGUCUCUUCUGAAAGAAUCUCAUCGAUCUUUGCAUGGUGUUAUUCGUCAAGCGUAUAGUGCUCUAUCUGAUAAACAAUCAUUUCAUCUCAUUGAAUUUCUUAACAGUUACCCAUCACAAGUUGGACUUUUAGGUUUGCAAAUCAUCUGGACACGUGAUACGACAGAUGCACUACGUCAUGCUAAACUUAAUAGAAAUUUGAUGAGACAAACAGCAAAAGUGUUUAGUGAAUUGCUUGAUAUAUUAAUCAAUCAGACAACGAAAAGUCUAUCAACCGUUGAACGCACCAAGUAUGAAACAUUAAUAACAAUUCAAGUACAUCAAAAAGAUAUAUUCGAUGAACUUUUACAAACAAAUAUUCGUUCAGUCGCUGAUUUUGAUUGGCUUAAACAGACAAGAUUCUAUUUUAAUGAAGAUUUAGAUAAAGUACAAAUAGCCAUUACCGAUGUUGAUUUCACUUACAUGAAUGAGUUUCUUGGUUGUACUGAACGUUUAGUUAUUACACCAUUGACUGAUCGAUGUUAUAUUACAUUAGCACAAGCAUUACACAUGAGUAUGGGUGGAGCACCUGCUGGACCAGCUGGAACAGGAAAAACUGAAACUGUGAAAGAUAUGGGACGAAGUCUUGGAAAAUAUGUUGUUGUAUUUAAUUGUUCUGAUCAAAUGGAUUUUCGUGGUUUAGGUCGUAUAUUUAAAGGUCUAGCUCAAUCUGGUUCUUACGGUUGUUUCGAUGAAUUUAAUCGUAUUGAUUUGCCUGUACUCUCGGUUGCUGCACAACAAAUAGCUAUUGUUCUUGCCUGUAAAAAAGAGCGAAAACGUCAUUUCGUUUUUACUGAUGGUGAUAUGAUUGAAAUGAAUAUGGAGUUCGGAAUAUUUCUAACAAUGAAUCCAGGCUAUGCUGGUCGACAGGAAUUUCCAGAAAAUUUAAAAAUUAAUUUUCGUUCUGUCGCUAUGAUGGUGCCGGAUCGUCUACCAAUUAUUCGUGUUAAAAUGGCUGCAAGUGGUUUCAGAGAUAAUGUUUCUUUAUCAAAGAAAUUUUACACACUUUAUAUAUUAUGUGAAGAACAACUUAGUAAACAAGUUCAUUAUGACUUUGGUCUACGAAAUAUUCUAUCCGUACUACGAACAUUGGGUGCAGUUAAACGUGCCAAUAAAGAAGAUGCCGAAAAGACUAUUGUGAUGCGAGUACUUCGCGAUAUGAAUUUAUCAAAAUUAGUUGAUGAAGAUGAACCUUUAUUCCUAUCAUUAAUCAAUGAUCUUUUUCCAAAUAUAAAAUUAGAAAAAGAAACGUAUGCUGAAUUAGAAAUGGCUAUCGAAAGAGAAGUGCAAUCGGCUGGACUUAUUAGUCAUCCAUCGUGGAUAUUGAAAAUAAUUCAAUUAUAUGAAACUCAGCGUGUUCGUCAUGGUAUGAUGACAUUAGGACCAGCUGGUGUUGGCAAAACGUGUUGUAUUCAUACAUUGAUGAAAGCUAUGACAAUAUGUGGUGAACCACAUCGUGAAAUGCGUAUGAAUCCAAAAUCGAUCACAGCACCACAAAUGUUUGGUCGAUUAGAUGCAGCAACAAAUGAUUGGACCGAUGGAAUAUUUUCAACAUUAUGGCGACGAACAUUACGUUCGAAGAAAGGUGAAUUUAUUUGGCUCGUUCUAGAUGGUCCUGUCGAUGCUAUUUGGAUUGAAAAUUUAAAUUCAGUAUUGGAUGAUAAUAAAAAGUUAACAUUAGCUAAUGGUGAUCUAAUUCCAAUGGCACCAAAUUGUAAAAUUAUUUUUGAAGUACACAAUAUUGAUAAUGCAUCACCAGCUACUGUUAGUAGAAAUGGUAUGGUUUACAUGAGUAGUUCUGGUUUAGAUUGGCGACCAUUAAUUCAAGGUUGGAUUAAACGCGAUCGAUCAAAUUAUGAUGGUGACAUCUUGAUGCGUUUAUUUGAACAAUCAUUUCCAUUUAUUUAUCGAUAUUUUUCACUUUAUCUUAAAUCAAAAAUGCCUGUACUUGAAUGCAUGAUUGUAUCUCAGGCCUGCAAAUUGUUAAAUGGUUUAUUACCUUUAAAAGAAGCGAAAGAUCAAUUCACAAUACAACAUAUUGAACGUUUAUAUGUAUUCUCUAUAAUGUGGUCGAUUGGUGCUUUUCUUGAACUUGAUGAUCGAGCACGUUUACAAGCAUUUUUAUCUAAUAAUCCUGAUUCUAAUUUUCGUUUGGAUACACCCAUUCUACCAGCUGAUAGUGAAGAUACAAUGUUUGAUUAUUUUGUUCAUGAGAAAACAGGUGCAUGGACACAUUGGAAUCUUAUUGUUACUGAAUAUAUCUAUCCAAAAGAUCAUGAUCCUGAAUAUGCAUCGAUUCUUGUGCCAAAUGUUGAUAAUGUUCGAACUGAUUUUCUUAUUCAUACAAUAGCAAAACAGCAAAAAGCUGUUCUACUCAUUGGUGAACAAGGUACAGCUAAAACAGUUAUUAUGCAAGCAUAUUUAAAUAAAUAUAAUGCUGAAAAACAUGUACAGAAAACAAUCAAUUUUUCAUCGGCAACAAGUCCCAAUAUGUUUCAAAGAGUUAUCGAAUCGUUUGUUGAUAAACGCGUUGGAACAACUUGUGGUCCGCCAGCGGGCAAAAAAAUGACCGUAUUUAUUGAUGAUAUUAAUCUGCCAUUAAUCAAUGAAUGGGGCGAUCAAAUAACGAAUGAAAUUGUUCGUCAACUGAUGGAACAAAAUGGUUUUUAUUCAUUAGAAAAACCUGGUGAAUUUACAACUAUUGUUGAUAUACAAGUUAUUGCUGCUAUGAUACAUCCAGGUGGCGGUCGAAAUGAUAUUCCGCAACGUCUUAAACGUCAUUUUUGUACAUUUAAUUGUACAUUACCAUCAAAUGUACCAAUUGAUAAAAUCUUUUCUGUUAUUGCAAAAGGACACUAUGCUAAAGAGCGUGGAUUUAAUGACGAAGUACGAUCACUUAUUGACAAAGUUGUACCAGCUACAAGACGCUUAUGGCAAUUGACAAAAGUUAAAAUGUUACCAACACCUGCAAAAUUUCAUUAUGUUUUUAAUUUACGAGACCUUUCACGUAUUUGGCAAGGAAUAAUUAAUACAAUUCCACAAGUUGUUAAUAAUGAAAAAAAUUUAUUGACUUUAUGGAAACAUGAAUGUUCACGAGUUAUAUGCGAUAGAUUCACAGAAUUGGAUGAUUAUCGUUGGUUUUCAAAAACACUGGAACGUGUGGUUGACGAAGAAUUAGGUUCGAAAUAUCAAUCCAUAAUAAAACGAGAUGAUUGGUUUGUCGAUUUCUUAAGAGAUGCACCAGAACCCACAGGUGAUGAACCAGAAGACGCAGAUUUUGAUGCACCAAAAAUCUACGAACCUAUACCUUCAUUGAACGUUCUUGAAGAUCGCUUAAAAAUGUAUUUAACACAAUAUAACGAGAGUAUUCGUGGUUCAGGAAUGGAUCUAGUCUUUUUUAAAGAUGCCAUGACACAUCUUGUAAAAAUAUCUCGUAUAAUUCGAACACCACGUGGUAAUGCUCUAUUAGUUGGUGUUGGUGGUAGUGGUAAACAAUCACUAACAAAACUAGCUUCGUUUAUCGCCGGUUAUAAAACAUUUCAAAUAGCAUUGACACGUGCAUAUAAUGCCAAUAACUUAUUAGAAGAUUUAAAAACACUCUAUCUUAUUGCUGGAAGAGAUGGAAAAGGCAUAGCGUUUAUAUUUUCCGAUCAAGAUAUUAAAGAUGAAUCAUUUCUAGAAUAUAUUAACAAUGUACUUUCAUCAGGAGUUGUACCGGGAAUGUUUGCAAGAGAUGAAAUGGAUGAAAUAUGCCAAGAAUUAGUACCCAUCAUGAAAAAACAAUAUCCACGAAGACCACCAACAAAUGAAAAUCUAUUUGAUUAUUUUCUAAGUCGUGUUCGACAAAAUUUACAUGUUGCUUUAUGUUUUUCACCUGUUGGUGAAAAAUUUCGUAAACGAAGUCUACAAUUUCCUGGUCUUGUUGCAAAUUGUACAAUCGAUUGGUUUCUUCGUUGGCCACGUGAUGCCCUUGUUGCUGUUGCUGAUCAUUUUCUUUCAUCAUUUUCUACUGUUUCAUCUGACGAAAUUAAGAAGCAACUCGUUCAAUGUAUGGGUUCAGUACAUGAUGGUGUAGCCGAAUAUUGCUUACAAUAUUUUCAAAAAUAUCGUCGAGCAACACAUGUUACACCAAAAUCAUAUCUUGCAUUUCUCAAUGGUUAUAAAGAAAUCUAUACUCAAAAAUUAAAUGACAUCGAAUCUAUGGCUAAACGUAUGAAUGAUGGGCUUACACGUUUAGCUGACGCUGAAAAAGCUGUUAUAUUUAUGAAAGAAGAAUUAACAAUCAAAGAAAAAGAACUGGAUGUUGCAAAUCAAAAAGCUGAUCAAGUUCUAAAACAAGUUACGAUUAAAAAAGGAGCAGCAGAAAUUGUUCGACAGCAAGUUAAGAAAGUGAAAGAUACAGCACAAACAUUAGUCGAUGAAAUACAUAGAGACAAAAUACAAGCAAAUGCUGAACUUGAAAAGGCAACGCCAGCAUUAAUUGCAGCUGAAGAAGCUUUAAAAACAAUAUCAUCGGGAGAUAUUUCUGUUGUGCGUCAAUUAAAACAUCCACCACGUCUUAUUCGUCAAAUAAUGGAUUGUGUCUUAAUUCUUUUUGGGCGUCAAUUAAAUAGUCCAACUAAUUUUGAUUAUGAAUUACAAGGACCUUCGCCAAGUUGGGAAUUAUCAAUAAGAAUGAUGAUUGAAACAAAUUUUCUUCAAAAUCUUCAAUCAUUUCCGCGUGAUCGAAUUAAUGAUGAACAAAUUGAACUGCUUCAACCAUAUUUUCGUGUACCUGACUAUACACCCGAAGGUGCUAGAGUAGCUGCUGGUGCUAUAGCUGGUUUAUUAACAUGGACGCGUGCUAUGGCAGAAUUUUUUUAUGUUAAUAAACGUGUUCUUCCAUUAAAAGCCAAUUUAGCCAUGGAAGAAGCUCGACUAAUGAGAGCCAAUGCACAAUUAAAAACGGCACAAGAAGAACUUGAUCGACGUGAAGCUGAAGUCGCUGCUGCCCAAGCUGAAUAUGAUAUGGCUAUGUCAAUAAAACAACGUCUACAAGAUGAUCUUGAUCGAACAUUGAAACGAAUGAAUGCAGCUAGAGAAUUAAUAUCAGGUUUAGCUGAUGAACAAGAACGAUGGACUGAAGAAAGUAAACAAUUCAAAGCACAAAUUGGACGAUUAAUUGGUGAUGUACUUCUUUGUACAGGUUUCCUCUCAUAUCAAGGUCCGUUUAAUCAAGAUUUUCGUUUACUAUUAGCAAAAGAUUGGCAAAAACUGUUAACAGAACGAAAUAUUCUAUUUACACGAACAUUAAAUGUAACUGACUAUUUAACUGAUGUAACAAUGGUCGGUGAAUGGAAAUUACAAGGUUUACCUAAUGAUGAAUUAUCAGUGCAAAAUGCUAUUAUCGUAACACGUGCUAAACGUUUUGCAUUAUUAAUUGAUCCACAAGGGCAAGGAAAAAGUUGGAUAAAACGAAAAGAAUUAAAUAAUGAUUUACAAUUAACAAAUCUUCAUUCAAAACAUUUUCGACAACAUCUAGAAGAUUGUCUUUCACUUGGUCGACCGUUAUUAAUCGAAGAUGUUGGAGAUGAACUUGAUCCAGCAUUGGAUAAUAUUUUAGAAAAAAAUUUUAUUCGUGCCGGUACAACACUUAAAGUUAAAGUCGGAGAUAAAGAAGUCGAUGUACUGAACGGUUUUAAUUUAUACAUAACAACAAAAUUAGCUAAUCCAGCAUUUACACCUGAAGUAUCAGCUAAAACAUCAGUUAUUGAUUUUACAGUUACAAUGAAAGGAUUAGAAGAUCAAUUAUUAGGUUUAACUAUUUUGAAAGAAAAAGCUGAAUUAGAAGGCGAACGCGUUAAAAUGUUAGAAGAUAUUCAAGCUAGUAAUAAACGUAUUAAAGAACUUGAAGAUAAUUUACUAUCAAGAUUAAGUAAUUCAAAAGGUUCAUUAGUCGAUGACGAUGGUUUAAUUCGAACAUUGAAAAAAACAAAAGUCACAUCAAAUGAUGUUAAACAAAAACUUCAAAUAGCUACAGAGACGAGUCAAAAAAUAAAUAUUGCACGUGAAGAAUAUCGUCCAGUUGCUACACGAGGUUCUAUUAUUUAUUUUCUUAUUGUUGAAAUGUCGCUUGUUAAUGUGAUGUAUCAAACAUCAUUAAAACAAUUUUUACAAUUAUUUGAUCAAGCACUUGAACGGUCACCACGAUCACCCGUUACAUCAAAACGAAUCACUAAUGUCAUGGAAUAUUUAACAUAUGAAAUGUACAAAUAUGCUGUGCGUGGUUAUUAUGAAGAACAUAAAUUUAUGUUUACACUUUUACUAGCAUUGAAAAUUGAUUUACAAGCGACUCGAAUCAAAUUUGAUGAAUUUCAAACAUUAAUUAAAGGCGGUGCUUCAUUGGAUGCCAACAUAGUACCACAUAAACCACCAUAUAAAUGGUUACAAUAUGAUAGUUGGCUUAAUCUUGUUGAAUUGUCAAAGCUUUAUCAAUUCGGAGAUAUACUUAAUUCUCUUCAACGUGCUGGUCCGUCAUGGGAAACAUGGUUUAAAAAAGAUGAGCCAGAACGAAUAGAUUUACCAGAUGGUUGGGAAUCGCAAUUGGAUAAAUUUCGUCGUCUACUGUUAAUUCGAUCAAUAACACCAGCACGUUUUGUUAAAUCUGCAUAUGAUUAUGUAAUUAAUGCAUUAGGACCAAAAUAUAGUGAUGGUGUUGUACUCGAUAUGGAGAAAAUGUGGGAAGAAUCUGAUAAAUGUUCACCGAUGAUAUGUUUUCUAUCUAUGGGUUCAGAUCCAUCGUUACAAAUUGAAAUUUUAGCUAAAAACCGAACGAUUGAUUGUCAUGCUAUAUCAAUGGGACAAGGACAAGAAAUUCAUGCUCGACGAUUAUUAACGCAAGCUUAUACAAAUGGUACUUGGGUAUUAUUACAGAAUUGCCAUUUAUCAUUAGAGUUUUGUGAAGAAUUUUUAUUACAACUAACCGAAAAUACAGAUCGUAUUCAUCCAAAUUUUCGUCUAUGGAUAACAACAGAAGUGAAUCCUAAGUUUCCUAUUGGUCUUUUACAACUUUCAAUCAAAUAUACAGCCGAACCACCGCAAGGUAUUCGCGCCGGUUUAAGACGAACAUUUAAUGGUCUAACAAAAGAACAACAAUUAGAAUCUAAUCCACAUGAUAAAUGGCGUCCAUUAUUAUAUACUGUGGCAUUUCUACAUACCAUUGUACAAGAACGUAGGAAAUUUGGUCCACUAGGAUGGAAUAUACCGUAUGAAUAUAAUCAAUCGGAUUUCAAUGCAACCAUUCAAUUUAUUCAAAAUUAUCUUGAUGAAUUGGAUAUAUCAAAACCGAUACAAUGGAAAACAGUACAUUAUAUGAUAUCAGAAGUACAAUACGGAGGCCGAGUCACUGAUGAUUUUGAUAAACGUCUUCUUAAAACAUAUGUUAAAUCUUGGUUUUGCGAUGAAAUGUUUGAUGCCAAUUUUCAGUUUGAAGAAAAAGCGUAUCAUAUACCGAAAAUAACUCGUAUGGAUGAUAUUUUUGAUUAUAUUGAUACAAUGCCAAAUUAUGAUAGUGGAAAAGUAUUUGGAUUAAGUCCAUUGGCGAACGAUAGAUAUCAAGAAGAUACAACAAAAAAAGUUCUUGAUACAAUAUUAAGCAUUCAACCAAAAGAAGCUCUUGCUGGCACAGGUGAAACACGUGAAUCUUCUGUCUAUCGGUUAGCAACAGAAACAUUGGAAAAAUUACCUCCUGAUUAUAUUGCUUACGAAGUGAAAGAACGUCUUUCAAGACUUGAACCAAUGAAUAUUUUUCUUCGACAAGAAAUUGAUCGUUUUCAACGUGUAAUUAAUAUUGUACGAAUGACUUUGAUUGAUUUAAAAUUAGCUAUUGAUGGUACAAUUGUUAUGAACGAAGAAUUACGCGAUAUACUUGAUCGCAUGUAUGAUGCAAAAAUUCCAAGUAUUUGGUUAAAAUUAUCAUGGGAGUCAUCAACAUUAGGUGCUUGGUUUACGGAUUUCUAUGCACGAAAUGAUCAAUAUCGUUCAUGGCUUCAGUUGAAUAAAGAUACACGACCAAUAGCUUUUUCAAUGGCAGGCUUUUUCAAUCCACAAGGAUUUUUAACAGCUAUGCGACAAGAAGUAACAAGAGCUAAUGCAGGUUGGUCGCUUGACAAUGUUAUUCUAACAAAUCGAAUAAUACGAACCGAUCGAGAAGCAUUAAAAGAACCACCGCGUGAAGGUGUUUAUGUUUAUGGUCUUUAUAUAGAAGGAGCUAAGAUACGAAGCGGAGUUUUAGAUGAAUUAAAAGUCAACGAAAAAUUGUUAACACAUCCAAUGCCUGUUGUACACAUAUCCGCUGAAGUUGAAGUGGGCGUACAUGCAUCGCUCUCGAAACAUGAACGUCGUCCUGUUUUUUAUGCGCCCGUUUAUAAAAAGCCACGUCGAACAGAUCGAAAUUACAUAUGUACGCUUAAAUUAGAUUGUCCAUCAGGUGAUAAAACUGGACCAGAUGUAUGGGCAUUACGAGGUGUUGCAGUUCUAUGCGAUAGUAAAUAG